CCGGCCGCCGCUCCCCGCCUGCCUCCCUCCCUCGGCCGCGGGCAGGAGGGGCCGCCCGGGGCCUGGCGGCCGCGGAGAGAUGAGCAGCAGCAGCAAUAAGAGGGCCCCCACCACAGCCACGCAGAGGCUGAAGCAGGAUUACCUGAGGAUCAAAAAGGAUCCAGUGCCUUACAUCUGUGCUGAGCCCCUGCCCUCCAACAUCCUGGAAUGGCACUACGUGGUGCGAGGGCCUGAGCUGACCCCGUAUGAAGGUGGAUAUUACCACGGAAAAUUAAUAUUCCCUCGAGAAUUCCCUUUCAAACCCCCCAGUAUUUAUAUGAUCACCCCCAAUGGAAGGUUCAAGUGCAACACAAGGCUCUGUCUGUCCAUCACGGAUUUCCACCCGGACACCUGGAACCCGGCCUGGUCCGUGUCCACCAUCCUGACGGGGCUGCUCAGCUUCAUGGUGGAGAAGGGGCCCACCCUGGGCAGCAUCGAGACCUCCGAGUUCACCAAAAGGCAGCUGGCUGCGCAGAGCUUAGCAUUUAAUUUAAAAGAUAAAGUCUUCUGUGAGCUCUUCCCUGAAGUGGUGGAGGAGAUGAAGCAGAAGCAGAAAGCCCAGGACGAGCUGAGCUCCAGGCCUCCGUCGCUGCCGCUGCCCGACGUGGUGCCGGACGGGGACGCGCACUUGGGGCACAACGGGCACCCCCUGCUGCAGGGGCAGCGCGCGGCCCUGGCGCCCGGGCACGCCGGGGGGCUGCAGCAGCCCCCCAGGAACCACGGACUCUUGGGGGGAGCCCUGGCGAACUUGUUUGUCAUCGUGGGCUUCGCCGCCUUCGCCUACACAGUCAAGUACGUGCUGAGGAGCAUAGCCCAGGAGUGAGAGCCCCGCAGAGACCAAAUUUUACUGGGUUGGGGGUGACCGGGGCUCUUCGGCGGGGAGAGGUGGGGUUUGCCCCUGCCUGGGUCACGGCGGGCUCGGGGAACGUUUUGGUUUGUAGAGUUCUGCUCCAUCUGUGGUUUCAACAGUGAAGAUCUUCAGCCAAGUUUUAUUCUGUUGAGUUUUCACUUCAGGAUGAAUGGGACUCUUGGAAUGGGACUCUUUGGGUGGAAAAUUUGGGAUUUUUUGUCCUUCGUGGGUCAUGGUGGGGCUUGGUGAGACACGUUGAUUUGUAGAGUUCUCCUGCAUCUGUGGUUUGAACAUUGAAGAUCUUCAACAAA